AUGAACGACGCAGCGGUUGCUGGAGAAUCUGGCCUCGAGGUUUACACUGUUAGUCACAAUCUACUUCUGGCUCACGCCGAAGCCGUUGAAGUCUUCAGGAACAAUUCAAAAUGUAAAGAUGGCAAGAUUGGUAUCGCUCAUUGCCCCAUAUGGUUUGAGCCUUAUGAUUCGAGCGACCCUGAUGAUAAAGAAGCAUGUGACCGAGCUAUGGAGUUUAUGUUUGGCUGGCAAAUGGAUCCUACGGUGUACGGAGAUUACCCUGAAGUCAUGAAAAAAUCGAUUGGAAAAAGAUUACCCACAUUCACCGCAACCCAAUCCAAGAAGCUACGAGGAUCGUUUGACUUCGUUGGAGUGAAUUAUUAUAGUGCUUUCUACGUCAAAAGUAUUGCUGAAGUGAACCAUGACACGCCCAACUGGAGAUCAGACGCACGCAUUGAAUGGAGAAAACAAAACAAAGCAUGA